AUGACUACGCACCUUUCGCUUGUGCCCCGUAGCAACCGUGUUCUCCGUGAGAAGAAACUGGCUACGUUGCUGCAGGCGGCUACCAGCCUCUGUGCGGUUGACCGCGCUGUGGCUUCGGUGUCGGCAAUAUCCCAGGCGAUCGAGCAGUCCUCCUUUCAAAUUACGAAGCGGUCGCCAUCCAGUUGCGCACCAUGGUGGAACGACGCAUGCACAAGGGAUUAUCGGCGGCGCAAAGCCGCUUGGAAGCAGUUGCUAUCCAACACCUGCUACGCUAACUGGAAGAAGUACCAGAUCGUUAAAGCCUCAUUGAAACGAACGAUUUCUGCUGCAAAACAAGCAUUUCAUAACGGUCACAACUCCUUUCUGUCGCACCCGAGGCACCGGAAAGCCCUCCAUCGCCAUAUCGCGUUUAUUCGCAGCCAACGCUCCUGCUCUCCCAGCGAUCUUGCUGUUUUGUCUGACGCGGAUGCGCAUCAGCGGCUUGAAGACGUGGCCAUAGGUUUAGCCGCACGAUUUCACAACACAGUACCUCUCCCUCCUACCCCGCCUUCACCUGGGUCGUCGCACCCUGACUUCGUCGCGGUUACAUCGGCUGAGUUGGACUGCAUAGUGCGCGCACUUCCCGCAACGGCUCCUGGUCCUGACGGUGUAUCAGCUGGCGUGAUUAAGUCCUUGUGGUCUUCCCACCCACGUGCCCUGCUCGACAUUAUUAAUACCUCGUUAGAGACCUCGUGGAUCCCUUCUGCAUGGAAGGCGGCCAGAGUUGUCCUGCUUAAAAAGGUGGCCUCGAAGGGUUUGGCUCUCGACAACAUACGGCCUAUAGCACUGACGUCUGUCCUGUGCAAAACUGUAGAGCGGGUCAUACAUCGCAGACUAUCCGACUUUGUGGACUCAGCAGGCGUCUACAACUGCAGUCAAAUAGGUUUCCGGUCGCGGUGCUCCGUCUGGAUGGCCCAUCUCAAUCUUGAGAGUCAACUUCGCCGUGCCCAAGAGAUGGGUGAGUUCUCAGCCCUUGUCACAUUGGACAUAGCCCAGGCAUACGACAGCGUUGAGCAUUGUGUACUGCUGCAAAAGUUGGCGUCUGUUGGUACCCCGAUGUAUAUCUUCUCAUGGGUCAGGAACUUUCUCUUUGGGAGGUCAUUUCAGUGCUCAGACCGGCACCUUGUCUCAUCGUCCCAGGCCCUGCACAGGGGCGUGCCUCAGGGGGCUGUUCUGUCCCCAUUGCUCUUUAACAUCCUCAUGAGCUCCCUCCCUCUGGACCCGGGCAUCUUGACUAUCACCUACGCCGAUGAUGUCGCCUUUUUUGCCUCGGCACACUCCUUGCACACGCUCUACACUAAGCUCCAGGGACAUGUUGAUCGCAUACUCGCGUGGACUCGUGAAGUCCACCUCUCUCUCAAAAUCCCAAAGUGUGCGGUGCUCCUGAUCCCUCCUCCUGGCUAUCGCGGCGCGACGCCCCACAUUGAGCUGAUGAUCGGCAACCAGAGCAUCGACCAGUCUCCCACACUGAAGUACUUGGGUGUAUGGUACGACGACCGUUUGACCUGGGGAUACCACGUUGAUUACAUCAGUAAGAGGGCCUCUGUUGCCUUAGGCUGUCUUCAACGGUGCGCUAGCGUCCGUGUGGGUAUGCGUCGGAAUGCGUUGCUCUAUGUGUACAAAUGUUACGUUCGCCCUAUACUGGAGUAUGGAUGUGUCAUCUUCUCUCAUCUUCCCGACUACCGGCUGAGGAAAUUGUUUAUCUUAGAGAGGAAGGCGAUACGCUUAUGCUUGGGCCUUCCUAGGUUCACUGCCAACGAUGCUCUGUAUCUUGAGUCCCAUGUCCUGCCGCUGAAGGAUCGCUUCCGCCUGCUAACCGUGAACACUCUGCUCUCAUUGUUGCAGAAUCCCCUUGCUUUAGAGCAUAAUGACUCUCUUAAAUAUAUGCGAUCCUGGAUGUGUAGACGAUGGCGGAAAUCAAACAUCCCUCAACUCCUCUUUGCUCAGCUUCUGCUGACCCCGUUGGACGUCUCGCUUGUAGACAUUGCCCCACCUAUGCCCCCGCCAGUGCCAAUUUCCGUCCAGGUUCUCGAUAUAUUUCGUCCCGGCGCGAAGCACACCUCCUUGAAUCAUCUCCAGACUGUGUUGAAUUGCCAUUUUUCUCGGUUCUCCGAUCACCUCAUCAUCGCAACUGAUGCAUCUGUCUCGGACGAGCGGGCCGGUGUGGGUAUUGUCAUCCCGCAACUUGACGCCCGUUUCCCUAUCCGCUUGCCCGACUUUACACCUGUUUACGAGAGCGAGUUCCUGGCAAUGGUCCUCGCCCUACUCAAAGUGCCCCCGCUUUUCUGUAAGGCACUUCUCAUAUCCGACUCCUUAUCUGUGGUAUCGGCCUUGGACUGUCGCGAUAGCUCGUUGUUCCCAGUCCUGGCCUCACUCGCCCCCUCUCACAUAUCACACCUAAUUGUAACCUGGGUUCCAGGCCAUUGUGGGCUCCCGCUCAACGAGGCCGCUGACACCCUGGCGAAGAUGGCCCUGUCCGGCCCCGUGCUUCCUAUCCUCCCGCCGGUUGCUGCCGUUGUCCGUGCCCGUUACAAACGCUAUCUGUCCCUUGCUCGGCCUCCUCCCCGCCUCGGCUAUGAACACCUCUCUUUCGCUUGGAACCCGCGCUAUUGCCACUCUCGACGUGCAGAAGUCUGUCUGACGCGUCUCCGGUGUCUUGCCCUCCCGCUUAACUUUUACCUCCAUCGCAGUGGGGUGCAACCUUCCCCAGGGUGUCCUGCAUGCGGUCACGACGAAACCCUCCAACAUUUUGUUCUCGACUGUAGUACCUACCGCCGCCUUCGCCUACAGUCCCUCACCCUUCCACUGCUAAGGUUCAGCGUGCCCCUCUCAUUAUGCGCAUUACUCUCGUUCGGUGCGUCCCAUACCGGAAAAUGGAAUCCUGUCAUCGCAGAUAAUCUCAUUUCAUUCGUUGCCGGCUCCAACCGGUUCUAG